AGGACUAAAACCAGGACAGUCAGAUCUGUGGUCACAUCCUGCCCAAUUCCAGCUCGGAGGUCCAUCAAACCAUCUGCUUCUCCCUUGGCAAGAAGCUCCAUCUGCCUGAUAGCAGGGCCAGUGGCCAUCCUUUAAUACCUUCAGCUAUUGUGCAUCUCCUCUUUUUCCUGGGGUAAAGGAACAAGCAGAUUCUUAUCCAAACACCCAACCUACGAAGAUGAGAAAGGCCUUGGGAAGAGGUAUUAGCCAAGUUUUCAGUGCAAUGCCUGGCAGAUAGAAUUUGUUGUAUUUGUCUUAAGCUUAUUAUCCUCCCAGGUCAUAGAAAGAUCUAAAGUCCAAUGAAUCUCCUUACUCAAAAUUCACACCUUUCUGCUCAAACUUAAAAUGUCCAUGCCAUUUCACAGGUACCCGGAACUACUCACGGUUUAGAUACAUGUCCUCCCUUUGUCUCAGUAGAGCACUCCCUUCGUCUAGAAAUCGACAGCAGUUCCUACUUAAACUGAUGAAUGCUUUGGGCUUUGGAGGUAUCUCAUCCCUGUGCCUGCUGCCCUGAAGCAGCCGGAAAGAAAGGCCUCACUCAACUACUGGAAAGAAAGCCCAUAAUUCAAGGCUUUUAAUAUAGUCACUACACAAGUUCUCCCUCUGCUUUAGGAGAUCUUGUUACUUCCUCAUCUACAUGUGCUUAAAGACAAAAAGAAACCUGUAAUUAUUCAAUUCACCUGUGGUCCAAAUAAUUCUCACAUCCAGCCAUUACCCUGAGAGGGCAGGAAGCCAGACUUUGAAAUUUCCAUACCUAGGUCUUCAUUCUACUAGUGAGAUGAAUUGGUGCAGAUUCGGGUGAUAGUUCAUCUAAGCAAGUGGAGAGGUGGGGAACUGCAGACCUUCCUGAAGCAUCCUCCCAUAGAAAGGAGAUAAAGGCCUUAUCCUAAUUGCCUGUACACAACAGAUCAGUUCUUCUUUCCUAGACAAGGCUGAAGGGGGUCAACAUUAUUUCUGAAGACUUCAUUAUUGGAAUUCUAUUUUUAUUGGGAGUGAUCUCACUGAGCUAUUUUGGAAUAGAAAUGUGGCUAGUUGCCUGAUCUCCCUCAAUGGUUUCACGUGGCUUUCAAAGGGAAGGAGGGGCAGUGCUGACUUUGGUAAAAUGGGCGAAAGGGUCCAUGCCAGCAACACAAUCACUCAAAGUCCAGAUGAGGGAUCAGUAAAUACAAUGUGCCUGAAAGGUGGCCCUUGGGCACAUUCCUCUGGUAGACAUUAACUUAUUAAAUUGAUUCUGAUUACAAAUAUAAACUUUGCCCCCAUCUCACCCAGUAACAAUGCAAGAGUCAAUGUGAGUCUAUAAAAGGAAGGAGGAACUGUCCCUGGCUUUCAGGCUCUAACAUCCUGUCUCUGUCAAGAUGUGGCACCUCAAACUUUGUGCUGUGCUCAUGAUCUUCUUGUUACUGUUGGGCCAGAUAAAUGGCUCCCCAAUACCAGAAGUGAGUUCAGCAAAGAGAAGGCCACGGAGAAUGACCCCAUUUUGGAGAGGGGUUUCCCUCAGACCUAUUGGAGCCUCCUGCCGGGAUGAUUCUGAGUGUAUCACAAGGCUAUGCAGAAAAAGACGUUGUUCCUUAAGUGUGGCUCAGGAAUGAAGUACCUACCAGGGGAAGAAAGGAUAGCAGUCAACUCUGACAAUGCUCCGUUCUAUGGAAUAUUGAUUAACUGCAUUUUGGCUGGAGACAUACAAGUGAAGCAAUCUUGUAUUUUUAAUAUUUAAAGGCAGAUGUAUGCUUUAAAUUGGUCUCCAUUUCUUCUUAGAAUGUUGAUAUAUGGAUAAGCAUAACUAAACUUGUCACUUUAGAGUUUAUUUUUCUAUGGAUACUAUUAAAUGUCUCCAAUUGAAA